CCCGGGGACACGGCGGGCUCGCGUCAUCAGGACGGCUGGCCCCGUCCUGGCCGCAGCAUAUAAAAGGCCGGGGCGCGCCUUCUGGCCGUACGUGGAGGGACGAUGGAGGUCCGUGGCCGAGGUCCCCGAGGCGAGGCUCCCUGGAAGAAGCUAUCUAAAGAGGAGCUGGAGAAUCAGUACAGCCCCAGCAGAUGGGUCAUCCGACGGGGAGCCGAGGAGACCCUGAGGAUGUACUCACGCAUAGGAGAGGACGCCACCAAGAACGCCCGGGCCACCAGGAGGAGCCUGCUGCACGUCCCCUACGGGGAUGGCGAAGGGGAGAAACUGGACAUCUACUUUCCCGAGGAAGUGUCUGAAGCCUCGCCUUUCUGUCUGUUCUUUCAUGGAGGGUUUUGGCAGAGUGGAAGUAAAGACACAUCAGCCUUUAUGGUCAACCCACUGACGGCACGGGGAGUGGCCGUGGUGAUCGUGGCUUAUGACCUUGCCCCCAAAGCUCCUGCUCUCCGUGCAGGUACUCUGGACCAGAUGGUAGACCAAGUGACUCGGAGCAUCGCAUUUGUCCAGAAGCAGUAUCCGUGCAAUGAGGGAAUUUACCUGUGUGGACACUCAGCAGGGGCCCACCUGGCUGCCAUGAUGCUCCUGGCCAAGUGGACCAAGCAUGGAGUCACACCGAACCUCAAAGGCUUUUUCCUUGUCAGUGGGAUCUAUGACCUGGAGCCCGUCGUGUACACCACUCAGAACGCCCCUCUCCUCAUGACCCUGGAGGGUGCUCAGCAGAACAGCCCCCAGCUGCUCCUGGAGGCGGCCCUGAUGCAGCCCUCGGAUCCAGCCUGCCACGUGCUGGUGACGGUGGGCCAACACGACUCCCCUGAAUUCCAGCGACAGUCCAGGGAAUUUUAUCAGACACUGUGCCGAGGAGGGUGGAAUGCCUCGUUUGAAGAAAUCCGUGAUGCGGAUCACUUUGAAAUCAUUUGGAACCUAACCCAGCAGGACUCCAUGCUCACCCAGAUGAUUUUGAGAACAAUCCUCCGGGAGCACUGACAGCGCUGGAGUGUGCCCCCCCGCAUGGUGAAGUUCUCCACAGACCCCACACCCUUCCCCUUCCUGCCAGCCUCUGCUCUCCCCGUGCCCAGGAGCGCCUCCGUUUGCUCGGAACACCACUAAAAAUCUCUCUUUCUCUGGCCUGGAUGGAGGGGUUCCAGGGAAGAUCCAGCCCAGUCAACGCCGUGUGAUGUCCAAGCCGCCUGGCCCCCUGCCUGCCAAGAAGACAUGACAAAAAUGACAGCCCCUGGCAAUGUGGAGCCUUAGCUCCAGCUGAAUGUUUGCUGACCUUUCCAUAAGAGCUUCUCAAACCUGUCUGUUCUCUUUUAUGGCAUUCUUUGGACCACUCUGUCCUGUCCUGAGGCUGUCCCUGAGAGUCCUGGGACAUAACCUCGGGGCUGGCCCCUUCUAGGACGGGACAAUGACACCCACAGCCAGGACAAGAUUCCUCUGCCCCCCACCCAGGGGUGUGUGCAAUUCCCAAGCAGCCAGCUGUGCGCAUCCCCCACCCUCCCCACCCCAGCCCCCUUCCCCCACUCUGAAUAGCUAGCACUCCGAGUGUGCUGGAGCAUAGCAAAAAUGAAGAAUGCUCAGACAGUCAUCAGUCGGGGAUGCGUACCUCCAAGCAGCCAGCAGCCGACCACUAUGUAGCCUAAGAAAGAGACCUGUUGACCGGGUGGGAAAUCCCCCGAACAUAUUGUUAGAGGACAAAAGCAAGAUGCUCAGUGAUACAAUUUAGUACCAUCUCAAUGACUUUAAACAGAAUACACCCACAAAAAGAUGUUUUUCUCUGUGCGCCCACGUGUGCGCAUGCAGGGGAAAGGCCCUGCAGGUUCCACACCUAACACUUCUGUUCCUCUCUCGAGUGGGAGGUGGGGGCUUUGUCUGUACUCUCUGACUCUCGGGCUAGGAAGGUAAGGAACACUUGAGCGUAGUACGAAUCUGAAGUGCUAAGUUAUUCAAAAAGCUUUCAGGAUGCGGGCAAAUCAGAAUGACAUUAUAGACAUAACUUGAAUUUAUUCCAAAUCUUCAAAGGAAAUGACUCACAAAGUGUAGGACCUCAUCUAACAUUUGUAACAAAUUCCGAAUGAGACACCUCCCAGCUGCUGGUGGGGAAACCCAAGCCUUCAUCACACCUAGGUCGAGAAUUGCCCCCGUUAAGGCGAAAUGCCUUCAAGUAAGCAAAAACGCAUUCUCCCCCUUGUGAUCCUUUUUCAUUUAAAAAAAAAAAAAAGAUACAUAAACGGGGCACUUGGGUGGCUCAGUUGGUUAAGCAUCUGACUCUAGGUUUUGGCUCAGGUCACGCAUGAUCUCAGGGUCGUGAAAU